AUGACGUCUCCAAAGUUGGUCUUUUAUCUGACGUGUUUGUUCUUGGGAAAAAUUGUCACUGCUGACCCAAAAUUACCCUCAAGUGUUCGUCAAGAGAAACAUUUUGUAUCAGCUACUGCUGGAGAAAAUUUGACUUUGCAAUGCUUCUAUGAAGUUGGUGAUACCACUUGGCUUUUCUGGUGCAAACAAAAUCCGGGACAGAAACCAACUCUCCUUUCUUCCAUCAAUUUGCCUCAAACAAAAAACUAUUUUUAUGAAGAACUCAAGAAAAAUGUACACUUCACACUGAAUAGUGGAAAAAGUAACUUGACAAUUUUGGACUUGCACAUUUCAGACUCAGCUACUUACUACUGUGCAACUCUCUCUAACAUUGGCUUGACAUUUGAGGAGGGCUCUAUUAUCAGUGUCAAAGGUUCUGGUUUGAACCCCCCACCUUCGGUCCAUCAGUCAGCAUCUGAGAUCAUCCAGCCGGGAGGCUCUGUGACUCUGAACUGUACAGUACACACUGGCAGCUGUGAUGGAGAACACAGUCUUUACUGGUUCAAACACUCUGAGGACUCUCCAGGACUCCUUUACACCCAUGGAGGCAGGAAUGAUCAGUGUGAGAGGAAACCCAACACACAAACACACACCUGUGAUUACAACCUGCCAAUGGAGAACCUGAAUAUUUCUCAUGCUGGGACCUACUACUGUGCUGUUGCCUCAUGUGGACACAUACUGUUUGGAAAUGGGACCAAGCUGGACUUUGAAGAUGAGGUUGACUGUCUUGUGUAUUUCUUGAGUGGAUCUUUGGCAUUCAACUCCAUUCUGGUCAUUUUACUGGCUUUCUUAGUGCACAAGAUGAAAAAGAGAAACACCUGCCAAUCAAUGGAGUCUGAAGCAAGAUUAUCAACUCCCUCUACAGCAAAUGCAGAGGGUUACCAGGAUGCAGGCAGCCUCCAUUAUGCUGCUGUAAGUGUCAAUGUGCCCAACAGAUCAAGACGACAGAGGAACAUCCCCAAUGAUGAAUGUGUGUACUCUGCUGUUAAGCUGUAGACAAACCAUGUUUCAUUACUUAUGUUAAAUACAAUUGGAUUUAGUCAUGUUUUUAAAUUGAUAUAGAUUUAGAAGUAGAUUUCAUAAUGUUGUGCUUCAAAUGCUUUCUUACGGAGCCCCUAAAGGGACAUGGAAAAAAAAAAAAAAAAAGAGAGAGAGAGAGAGAAAAAAAAUAAAGUCAGGAAAACGGGUUCGUUUCUCGUGCGCACGAGAAACGAAUCCGUUGUGUGUAGAGGUGUGUGUGGUUAAAACGUAACAGCCUGUAACAGCCUUAUAGCUGUUCAGUGAAGGUAAACACAGUG